CUCCUUAACCGCCCAACCCUGGUCAUUUCCAGGGUCUCUGGACCAUUUUUCGAUUCCACACAGAUCAGACGAGGGACAUACGGACAGGGCGGAGGAAUCUUCCUUCAUUCUGUGUCUGCACACUCAUCUGCAGAAUGUCUGGACGUGGCACGGGAAGCCACUCGGGCUCUCGUCCAGCCAGUCAUAGAUCUACCUUGCCGAAUAUUGGAGCUCAGAGGCAGAGCGGAGAACGCCCUCAACCGAGUGGCCACGCGCAGACGACAAACGAAUCAACAGCUUCUACUAGCCCAUCGGUCUCUCGGUUCCGGACCGGCUUUUAUAGAUUCAUCCCGUUUAUCGGAUACCACCAUGUGCUCAUGUUCCUUUUGUUGCUGCCCAUUCUCUUCAUGUGCAUAGUUAUAGCAGGUUGCGCAGAGAUAGGUGGCAUCCGAAGUGUACACCUGGCAUCCUUUUCCUACCGCCAACAUCCCCCAGCCUAUGAGACCGAUGGAUCGUUCAUGAACGAAAGUAUCCAAGAUGUCAUGCUUAAUUGGACAGUCAGGUCAACAGACGCCGUGCGUGUGGAAGCGGUGCGGGCGGGAUACUUGCGCAUCUGCGUGAAACUCGAACAAAUAGGCUGGCACUGCGGAAUCAAGGGUUCGACAGUACCAAACGUGGAGGUCUUUGAUCCAUUGCAACUUAUUCAAAUUGGCCAUCAUUUUCGCACGCAGAUGGUGACAUGCGGUCAAAUAAUCAUCUACCUCAUCCUUGCCGUCGUCACGUUUGUCCUUCUGGCCAGAUUCCCCGGCUGGCACGAGGAAGAAGACCCGGGAGGCAGCAUGAUCGACGUCAGGCCUUUCCCGUCCCGUAAACUAACGAAUAUAGCCUUGAUCACCAACGGCCUUGGCAGCAUAGGGUUGUUCAUCUCCGUUGCGUGGCAAAAUAUUGCUGUAGCAUCAGUGGCCGCUGUGGUUGAGGGCAUGAGGUACGAUGGCGUUGAGGUGAAGAUGGGGGUUGCGGCGGCCGUGCUGAGUUGGCUGGGUGUUUUGAUUUAUGCGCUUAGUUUGCUAGGAUUGACGGUGAUGGUCCUUUCUAUAACCAUUCUAUCCUGGAUGUAACCAUUAUAUAUGCAUUGAGUUAGCUUACUUAUCGGAGGGUGCCAGCGGGCAUGCCAUUCAGCUACACCAUGGGGAAUGCAUGCUCAAUGGAUCGAGAUCGCUUGGGACCACAUGACUCAUGAACUUGCUGGACGGCGGUCGUUGUGAAGGUCUCGGG